AUCGGACAAAUCGUGUCCAGCAUUACGGCUUCCCUUCGCUUCGAUGGCGCCCUUAAUGUCGAUUUGACUGAAUUCCAGACCAAUUUGGUUCCCUAUCCGCGCAUUCACUUCCCACUCGUCACUUAUGCGCCCGUCAUCUCCGCCGAAAAGGCAUAUCACGAGCAGUUGACUGUCUCUGAGAUCACUAACUCCUGCUUCGAGCCGGCGAACCAGAUGGUGAAGUGUGACCCCCGACACGGCAAGUAUAUGGCCUGUUGUCUGCUCUACAGAGGGGAUGUCGUCCCCAAAGACGUGAACGCAGCCAUCGCUGCCAUUAAGACCAAACGCAGCAUUCAGUUCGUCGACUGGUGUCCCACAGGUUUCAAAGUGGGCAUCAACUACCAGCCCCCGACCGUUGUCCCGGGCGGAGACUUGGCUAAAGUGCAGCGCGCCGUCUGUAUGCUGUCCAACACGACAGCCAUUGCUGAGGCGUGGGCUCGACUCGACCACAAGUUCGACCUCAUGUAUGCCAAGCGUGCGUUCGUGCACUGGUAUGUGGGCGAAGGCAUGGAAGAGGGAGAGUUCUCCGAGGCUCGCGAAGACUUGGCUGCUCUCGAGAAGGACUACGAAGAGGUGGGACUCGACUCCACUGAGACCGGCGAAGACGAGGCCGGAGAGGAGUUC